UCUCUCGUGGAGCUUAGAGCGAGUCACGAAAAACUUUACGUACUUUUCUCUCCGUAGCGGGACCGUAAAGCCGGGACGCUGCUCACUAACCGGACCCACGGCCCGAUGGAGCCUCUGCGAUCAGCUGAGCAUCAUUUCUUGUUAUGAUAAACAAGUAAUGAACGGCAGAAACAAUAAUUAAACAAUGGAGGGAAUGCUGCAUAAAUGGACCAAUUACAUCAGCGGUUGGCAACCUCGUUGGUUUGUGCUGGAUGGGGGAACUUUGUCGUACUAUGACUCCCAAGAAGACGCCUGGAAAGGUUGCAAGGGCAGCAUUAAGAUUUCAGUUUGUGAAAUCCAAGUUAAUUCCUCUGACUCGACGCGGGUCGACCUGACCAUACCAGGAGAACAGUACUUUUACCUCAGAGCCAUCAAUGCAGCAGAGAGGCAGAAGUGGCUGGUGGCCCUGGGGACAGCCAAAGCUUGCCUUACAGACAACAGAACAAAGAGAGAGAAAGAGCUCCAGGAGAACACAGAGGCUCUGAAAACUAAGAUGUCCGAACUCAGAUUGUACUGUGACCUUCUUCUACAACAAGUAAACAAGAUCAAGGAGAAUGAUGAGCUAGAGGACACACCGGAGAGCGGAAUAGACACUGGAAACAUGGUGAAGUCUACAUGCACCACUUUCCUCAAGACUCUAGAGGAAUGCAUGCAGAUAGCAACCCGUACAUUCAGUACAGAUCUGGCAACACAGAGUCCACCAGGCUCUCCUCCAGUAGCAGCCAUCAAACCUCAGAAGAUUAAACCUGUCAAUCAUUUAAAUCAGAACCUUGGAGAAAAAUGGAGAGAUUUGGCUGAAACCUCAGAAGAAGCAACUCCACAUGAGAACCAGAGCCUGGACUCUGGAGCAGAAGGACCAGAAGAUCCAGACAGACCAGAAGAACAUCUCUCCCCACCAGCCAGUGAAGCCUCUAACGGGACCAUCUCCGCCCCAGAGGAGGCAGCAGAGCCUCCACACACCAACAAUACCUCUGAGCCUGAACUCUACCAGCAGCCAGCAGAGGAGAACCAGGACAGAGGAGCUGAUGAUCAGGAGGAGACGGAGCAGAAGCACACAGCGGACCAAACUCCAGCAGAGGAAGUCCUCCAGCCGGAGCAGCAGCAGGAAGCUGCUCCAGACCAGGAGGAGGCGCCACAUGAAGCUGAGACCUCCAGAGAGUCACCAGAUCCAGAAGAUCCAGAAGAUCCAGAAGAUACAGAGCAGGUGGAAACUUUCUUCAGCACAAUGAGUCACAGAUUUAGUGAUAUAAGACUGGACGACGACAAUGGUAUCCCUACACAAGAGUUUUUGGAUUCAUGCUAUGCAAUAGUACCUGUAUUAGACAAGCUGGGAUCCACAGUGUUUGCACCAGUUAAAAUGGAUUUUGUUGGAAAUAUCAAGAAGAUCCACCAGAAGCUGCUGUCGGACCCCGCCAGCUUCCCCACGCUGCAGGCCAUCGUGCUGCAUGAGGUCCAGACGGAGGUCGCUCAGGUCCGUAACUCGGCCACGGAGGCUCUGCUGUGGCUCAGACGAGGCCUCAAGUUCCUCAAGGAGUUCCUGUCAGAGGUCCACUCAGGACAGAAGGACAUCCAGGGAGCUCUCAAUAACGCCUACGGGAAGACCCUCCGUCAGUACCACGGCUGGGUGGUGCGGGGCGUGUUCGCUCUGGCGCUGAGAGCUGCUCCGUCAUAUCCGAGCUUCGCCGCUGCCUUAGUGUCCAAAGAAGGAGAAGAACUGAAGGAGGGCUUCUCCAGCGGCGUGCAGCGGGACCUGGGGGUCUACCUGCCCGCCAUGGAGGAGCAGCUGGACAUCCUGGACCUCCUCUAUGAAGAGUACAACCUGGAGUCUGAUGAGGUGGUGUGAUGGAACAGAGAGAGAACAAGUUAAAGAAGGACAGAACUGCUGCAGGACGUCUGGUGGUCUAACUAGUGAUCCGGUCCAGGCUCAGUCAGCUGGUUCUGGUUCUGGUUCUGGUUGCUGCAGCAACAUGUCUGGUCUGACGAGGUCAUGAUGUCUGUAUUUAGGAGCAAACAUUAACAAUGAAGACAUUAUAGUCUGACUAAAUGUAGUUCUGGGUCUUGUUUAAAAGGCCGUAGGUGGUGUAGGAGCCCUAUUAACAGCCUCCACCCUAAUGAUUGAUGGGGCUUUUGGUUCAUUUGGUUCUGGUGCACACUUUGUGUCUGUUUUGUGUCUUUUCCUGUCCAGGUACAUGACCACCAGGUCUUUGGCUCCAGUCACUGACCUGGAAGUUAAACUGUGGUUGAACUUGAACUGAAGACAUUUUUAAUGGAGCGUGUCCUGUUUCCUUACAUUUAUGAAAUGUGAUAUCUGCAACUCACACAAAGCACUAUUCUGACAACACCAUGUCAGAUGGUUCAGUGCUCUAUAUGCCUUAGCUGUGUGCUGGAACUGAAUCCUGGACUAACUUUUCAUGUAGAAGGUAGAAAGUUAGUUAUUGCACUGACUGAUGAAGUUAGGAAAUUCUGAUCCAUAUUUGUUUUAAUACAAAUCCUGCAGUUUGACAAUGUGUUGCUUUACAUCACUAAAAUGUUCUUCUGUUGCUCUAAAGACUUUAUGGGACCAAAAGUUGCUGUCAGGUAAACAGCACCACAACACACAUGAAUGAAUAAUAGUGAAUCCUUCAAGUACUGACAACUGCUGAAUCAUGUGGAUGUCUUCUGCACAAACCUAUGCAUAGAAUGCAUUUUCACAAUGUCUAUUUAUUAUGUCUUAAGUUAUAAAGUUCACAGUGAUGUCAUGGGGAUCAUGGCAGCCCAGCGCUGUGUGAAUGUUUGGACAUUUGUACCACAGAGCAUGUUUAAUGAUGCAUGGUUUUAUGUAUAAAGUAACAUAGGUGCCAAUGGAAACUGAAUAUAGGUCAAAGCCUUGAAUGAACCAAGUAAUAAUCCUAAAGACAGGAAGUUAAACACAUCGCUUCUCCUUCAUCUCUGUGCUCGUCAUGCAGUAAUAUUUAGCUCGUCUACAGGUUUCAUCAUCUCGUCAUGCACUGUUCUACCGUUCUAUAUUUGAGUGUAAUUAAUAUUUAAUGAUGUGGAGUCAACAAUAGAGAAGAACCCAGUGGUGAGACUCCAACAGUCACUGAGCCACUGGAACAAACAGGAACAUCCUCACAGGGCUUUUUGUACCAGGCCAUACCACACAGUAUUUUUACUUUAUUCUACCUUUCCUCUUGUGUUUUCAGGAAUGCAGACAGUAAUAAUUCUGAGUCAUUUGCAGUAGGUUUACAACACAGAUGUGCAACUGGCUGAGUUCCUGUUGCAGAUAAAUUACAAUGUUAAUCCUGAAAAAUAUUCCAAUAUAAUACUGCAAACAUUUGAUUUGUUUUUUCUAUGACUGUAUAUAAGAUGCUAUUUGAUUUUUACAUAAUAAAUAAUUAAGUUGUC